CAUGCUCGUUGUCUGCUUCUGAUCGCGACCGACUGCCUUGCUCUUGCCCAGUUUUCUAUUUGUUGGCCGCUGUCCUUUCCUUGGCUCCGUCUCACAUGCUCUGACAACUCGCUAUUCCUCCGGGCUGCCGUGACAAUGCUCUUCUCCCAGCCUCUCUCUUUCUUCAUUCUUACUUGUCUCUCAUUCACUGCGGCCCAAUUUAUCCCUCCGGUCACCUACUCGAACGUCACGAAAUCUCCUAUCAACCCCAACAUCACCGUAGCCUUCAAGUCUCCGGAGCCCGGAACAUGCACGACCGUUUUCGACACGCAAAAGCAGUACACUGGCUACAUCAGCCUUCCACCUUACACCCUUGAACCUAUUCAGCAAAACUACACCAUCAAUACUUUCUUCUGGUUUAUCGAAGCACGCCAGAACCCCGAAAAUGCGCCACUCACUAUAUGGCUCAACGGUGGCCCAGGCAGCAGUAGUAUGAUCGGCCUAUUUGGGGAAAACGGACCAUGUGAAAUUGUGCAGUUGGCCGAUGGUACUUAUGGCACGAAAGCAAGAGAUUGGGGCUGGGACCGAAGCUCCAACAUUCUCUACGUUGAUCAGCCCAGCCAAGUAGGAUUUUCCUUUGACAAGGCCACCGAGUUUUCAAUUGAUUUAAAUCCUGCCGACCCUCUUAAGGACAAGCUCCCUCCUCAGCCUCUUCCGGACGAUACACCAGCUUAUAUUUUCCUUAACGGGACGUUCGGAAGUGGUAACAUGUGGGGCACGACGAAUACCACUGAAAUUGCAGCCCAUGCGGUCUGGCACUUCUUGCAGACAUUUUUGGCCACCUUCCCGCAGUACAAUCCUGGUGUCAAACCAAACAGUACGACUGUUGAGCCUGUUGGUGUCAAUCUUUUCGCGGAGAGCUAUGGUGGCAUGUACGGGCCUUCGUUUGCCGGCCUGUUUGAGGAACAGAAUGCGAAAAUAGCUAGAGGAGAGCUUCCUCGGAAUUUCACCUUGGAGAUCAAGCUAUCCUCACUCGGAAUUCUUAACGGGUUAGUCGACUUGCUAGUGCAAUCACCAUAUUAUGCACACUUUGCCUACAACAAUACCUAUGGAAUCAAAGCGAUCGAUACGACGACCAUGCUCAAUGCUAUAUAUCAAUACUCCCAACCAGGCGGGUGCGAACAAUCAACCAAAGUUUGUCGUAGUGAGUCCGAAAUGUUCGAUCCAGAAGGCGAGGCAGACAACAACAUAGUAAAUCUCGCAUGCUCCAAGGCUGUAAUAGAAUGUAGGUCGUUGAUGAAUCCAUACGGAAACUACAACCAUAGUUUCUAUGAUAUUAGGCAGCCACUUCCGGACCCAUUGCCCUCGGGAAACUAUCAGGAAUACUUGAAUUAUGCCAGUGUACAGAAAAGCAUCGGUGCCCAGGUAAACUACACGCAGAGCAGCGAUGAAAUCCUUCAGUUAUUCGCAACAGACAGUGGGGACGAAGCGCGCGGCACGCAACUUGCAGAUCUCCGUUCACUUCUUGAACUCAACGUUCGUGUUGCGUUCAUCUAUGGCGAUGCCGACUUUAUCUGCAACUGGCUCGGCGGUGAAGCCGUAUCUCUAGCCCUCGCAGCUUCCGUACCGGCUUACACAACCAAAUUUCCUGCAGCCGGCUAUGCUGAUAUUAUUGUCAACGAUAGCUACGUCGGCGGUGCAGUGCGGGCCUUUGGCAACCUGUCUUUCUCGCGGAUUUACGAUGCUGGCCACAUGAUACCAGCCUACCAGCCAGAAACAGCGUUCACGCUCUUCACGCGUAUCAUUACAGGCGUGAACCCUAGCACUGGCGAGGACAUCAACGAUCCGUCUACAUUCAGCACAUCUGGACCGCAGAAUGCAACGUACAGCAACAAAAAACCUUCAGACAGUGACAUGCCAAAAGCUACGUGUUGGAUUCGCAGCAUCAGCGACACAUGCACGCUGGAGGAGAAGAUUGCGAUCGAUGCUGGCAAAGGUGUCGUCAUCGCGGGCGCUUGGUACGAGGAUGAGGACGACUACAAGGCGCCGGCAUCCACCAUUGUAGCGGGCAAACCGGGCAUUCCUAUACACAGCACGACGACCCGUGUUAGCAUCAGUGUGAUAACGAGCACGGCCAGCGGCACCAGCCAUCCCAGCGCCCUGGUUGAGAGCACUACGGUCACGAUGCAGCCAACGGGCGUAUACGUCGCCACGGGCACGCCAAAGAGCAAUCAAGGCGCGAACACAAGGGCAAGGGCAGGCCCGGGCGGAGCGGUGUUGGUGAUAGGCCUGGUGGCGGGCCUUUUGGUCUGAGGUGGAUCUCGACUUUUUUCAGCUAAGUGGCGGGGACGAUCGGGGAUCAGCAUCGGGUGGAC